GUUUGAACAAAUGACUACGCAUGAAUUAGUUUGAACUAGAUGAUAGUAUACCGUCUAGUGUAAUUGGAAGAAGAAAUACACUCCUAGUAGAUCUUUUAAAUUGAAAUGCUUAUUGUAUUUUUGUUUCUUCUGUUAAUACAAUUUUGUUUUCAGGCAGGAUUGCCGAUGCCGGAUGUUUUAUCUGUAAAUUGUACAUCACUGUCAAACACAUCUGAUAUUUUUGCAAAGAUACUUGGAUUGCACAAAACUCUGGGGAAGAAGGGUUCAGGCACAGCCUUGCAGCAACUUCGGAAUAUGUAUUCUCAUGAAUCGCGUACAAAGAACAUGAUAUUGAUUGUAGCAGAUGAAUUAGAUUAUCUAAUAACCAAAGACAGAGCUGUGCUCCAUGAUCUUUUCAUGCUUACCACUUUCCCGUUUUCCAGAUGUAUACUGAUAGGUGUAGCUAAUGCAAUUGACCUAGCAGAUCGAUUUCUUCCAAGGCUUACUGCAUUAAAUUGCAAGCCUACUGUUGUAACUUUUCGAGCAUACACAAAAGAUCAGAUCCUUAGAAUUCUUAAAGAAAGACUAAAUGAACUUCCUUACACUGUCUUCCAACCACAAGCAUUAGAACUAUGUGCUAGAAAAGUCGCCGCAGCUUCUGGAGAUAUGCGGAAUGCUCUUUCCAUAUGCAGGAGUGCAAUUGAGAUGUUAGAAGCAGAAAUUAGAGAUUAUGCUUCCAAUUUGAAUGCCUUAGAAGAGAAAUCAUCCUCGGAACAAAAUCUUCCUACAGCACUGGAUGUUGUGAAAAAACAAGAACUUGAUAUGGUAAGGAUUGAUCAUAUGGCUCUUGCCUUGUCCAAAACAUAUAGAUCACCGGUGGUGGAUACAAUACAAUCUCUGCCACAUCAUCAACAGAUUAUACUCUGCUCUACCAUGAAACAUUUCCGAGGAGCCAAGAAAGACUCAAUCCUUGGUGAGUUAUAUAAAUCUUAUGCGGCGAUAUGCAAAUCAUCACUAAUUCCCCCAGCUGGAAUUAUGGAAUUUUCAAACAUGUGCAGAGUGUUAAAUGACCAGGGCCUUAUAAAACUAGGACAAUCCCGAGAUGAUAAAUUGAGAAGAGUGACACCCAAAUUAGACGAAGGAGAUAUUACUUUUGCAUUGCAGGGGAUCCGCUUUUUUUGAAAUUGUCUUCAAUGAUCCUCCUUACUAGUGGUUGCAGCAAUUUUAGAAGCAAGAGAUUUUAGAGGAAUUUCCUGCUUACUGGUGGUUGCAACAGUUUCAGAAGCAAGAGAUUUUAGAGGAAUUUUAUUUAUUUAUUUUAGAGAAUAAUAUAGCAAUAAUCAUUAAUUAUAAACAUUAAGAUUUCACAUUAAUAAAGUGAUUCUUUUCUCAUACUGUACCAGCCUCAAAUAUGAGUU